AUGACUUCUCCACCGAAUAACAACAAUCAACGCUUUGAGAAUCUUGGAGAGCAAGCGGCUUUCCAGCCAGACGAAUUCUCAUAUCACCAACUCCUCAUUGAAAUCCCAAGCUCUGUAGAAGAAGAAAGGAACGCGUUUACAGAUUUUCCGAGUUUCAAUCAAAUGCUCAACGUGGUCCAAUCAAAUGAGCACCAUCUAGAAGCCCAAUCGAUAAAUGGAUCACCCGAUCAGAGACAAAUGAGCAAUUCCAAUCGUGAUCCCUUCUCACAGUCAGGCUCAGCCUAUGGAAUGUAUCAAGCUUCUCAGAGAGAUCAAAAUCGUCAAGGAAACCACAGUCGACAGCAUCAACAAUCAUAUCAACAGCGAACAGCAUAUGCAAAUAACUAUCCAACUCAAGCAACUCCUCCGGAUUAUCGUCAAGGAAAUGGAUAUCAACAAAUUAUUCAUCAACAAGAAGAUCAACAUCAACAACAUCAACAACAACAUCAGCAACAACGCCAACAACAAUGCCAACAACAACCUCAACAACAACGCCAACAACAACCUCAACAACAACCUCAACAACAACCUCAACAACAACCUCAACAACAACAACAACAACAACGCCAACAACAACCUCAACAACAACGCCAACAACAACCUCAACAACAACCUCAACAGCAACCUCAACAACAACCUCAACAACAACGCCAACAACAACCUCAACAACAACCUCAACAACAACAACAACAACCGCCAACAACAACCUCAACAACAACGUCAACAACAACCUCAACAACAACAACAACAACAUCAGCAACAACUCAGAAUCAAUUCGAAGUGAUUCUACCGUCGUAUUCGUCUCGUCAACGAUUCCCAUCAAACGAUUUUCAACCGAACUUUCCGAUGAGUAACGCGAGCAAUUCGACCGGACAAUCUUCGCCAUCUGAUGAUGUCUAUUACAAUUGCCGAGCGCCUUCAACCACAUCCAGCCAUCACUCAAUUAGUUCAUCUUCAACGACAAAAUCUAAUGGAAAUAGAUGGCCGGAAAAGAGUCGUGGGAUAACAAAGAAAGUCAAGGGGACACCAAGACAACCCGGUCGUCCCCCUAAGUACGAAGGGACUAAAGUCGAGAGAAAUAGAAUAGCUGUUGGAAAAAAUCGUGUGAAAUGCCGCGAGUACGAGGUGGCAACAACAAAUGCUCUGAUGACAGUCUUUGAGACUCCCGAAAGCCCUGGAAUCACUGCUGAACCAAAUGUUCACAACGUUGGACGAAAACCUCUUCGAAAUGGUCUCACAGAAGAAAAAGGCUAU